AUGGGUUCAAUCAGCCUUUGGAUGUGCUUGGUCCUGACGAUUUGCACCUGGCAUAAAACCAUCGGAUGCACUUGGAUGAGGACACUGCCUCGGUCUCCGAGCAUGUUCCAAGUGUUCAGCAACAACACCAUAACGAUGCUUCAGAAAAUGGGUCAUGAAGUCUCUCGAGAAACUCAGAUCACUUUCCCUGACAAGCAAUACAGACAAGUCGAUAAUUUUAAGGCUGACGAACAGCUUGUCUUCAUUUCGCAAACUCUGAACGCUAUAAAGAAAUUGUACAGCAGUGGUAAAUAUGAGUCCACCGCCUGGGACCAGAAAGGAGUUGACAGGUUUAUGAAUGACCUGCAUCGCCAGACGUCGGAGCUGGACCAAUGCCUAAAGGCUAUGAAAACUAGACUAUCAAAAUCUGUCAAAAGAGUGAACAAAAAGAUGAGCCUUCACUUCAAGUUCCUUAACAAUUACUUGAAACGCGAGAAACACAGCGCAAGCGGCUGGGAAGACAUAAGGACAGUUGUGCUGGCACACCUACGAAGACUAGACACAACAUUAAGUAGCCAAUGA